AUGAGGCCCAUGGCUGCACGACUCUCCCGGCUCGGACUCGGAACGCGCCGAUUAUACUGCAGUCCAGGCCCUCACCCGCUGCGGUGCUUCUCUUCCGACCAUGUGCCGAGUCAAAAAGAUACUACCACCGAGUCCUCCGCAGUCCCUUCGCCGGUCACCACCACCAGCAGCAGCAGCAGCAUCACCAACGCCUCAGAUGAUGGAGGACGUACUGAUGCCAACAGCCCACUCUCCAAGUCCUCCAACCACCAUGACCUCCCUUCAUUCCUCCAGUAUGCCAAGCGCACCGGUCUUGGUCAAGAAACCACCGUCUUUGUCGGAACACACUACGAAUACACGAUAGCUUCCCUCUUGUCCGCGUACGGCUUCUCUCUCAACCGAGUGGGCGGGCAACAUGACUUCGGGAUCGAUCUUCUAGGCACAUGGUCCGUACCGACGGCCGAACGACCCUUGCGAGUCAUUGUGCAGUGCAAGGCCAUCCAAAGCACUCGUCCUCAUCUGAUCCGGGAGCUGGAGGGCGCAUUUGUGGGAGCGCCAGUGGGAUGGAGAGGGUCCGAAGUGUUUGGCGUCUUGGUGGCCUCCAAGACCGCCACAAAGGGAACCCGAGACGCGCUGGCGAGGAGCCGGUGGCCGUUGGUGUUUAUCGGAUGCUCUAGGGAGGGAAAAGUCGAACAGCUCUUGUGGAAUCACCGCGCCGAGCAGGAGGGGCUGCAGGGGUUGGGGGUCGCAAAGCGUCAUUCGCCCGAGGGGGAAACACCUUCCGUUGAUCAGGAGGGAAGGGUUGCCGCCGCCGGCGGCGAGCGAUGUUGA